AUGGCUGAUUCAGGUGGUUCUUCCAGGAGAAUGUGGUGCUCUAUACCAGAACGGUUUCAGCUUCAUGGCGCCAUGCUGGUCCUCCAAGUUGGUUAUGCUGGUUUCCAUGUCGUCUCUAGAGCUGCCCUUAACAUGGGAAUUAGCAAACUUGUUUUCCCAGUUUACCGAAACCUUCUCGCUUUUCUUCUCCUUGUUCCAUUUGCAUACUUCUUGGAAAAGAAGGAAAGGCCAGCUAUUAAUUUCAACUUUCUUUUACACUUCUUUCUUCUCGCCCUUGUCGGUUUUACAGCCAACCAAGGUUUCUACUUGCUUGGCUUGGACAAUACAUCGCCGACUUUUGCAUCAGCUAUACAAAACUCAGUUCCAGCCAUUACAUUUCUCAUGGCGGUUGUACUCAGAAUAGAGCAAGUGAGGUUGAACAGAAAAGAUGGAAUAGGAAAAGUUGUAGGAACAUUGUUCUGUGUUGCAGGUGCAUCAGUGAUUACACUUUACAAAGGUCCAACAAUAUACAGUCCAGUUCCGUCUCUAAACAACAACAACACCAUACAAGAGAGUUUGUUUGAGUCAUUGGGUGAUGCAAAAGGAAAAAACUGGACCCUUGGAUGUUUGUACCUUAUAGGACAUUGUUUGUCUUGGUCUGGUUGGCUGGUGUUACAGGCACCUGUCCUCAAGAAGUAUCCAGCUCGUCUCUCUGUCACUUCCUAUACAUGUUUCUUUGGACUUAUCCAAUUCCUCAUUAUUGCUUUGAUCUUUGAGAGAAAUUCUCAGGCUUGGAUUUUCACCUCUGGUGCUGAAGUUUUUACUAUUCUCUACGGGGGAGUGGUAGCAUCAGGAAUUGCAUUCGCUGUACAGAUAUGGUGCAUUGACAAAGGAGGACCUGUUUUCGUUGCAGUAUAUCAACCUGUUCAAACUCUUAUUGUUGCUAUUAUGGCUUCUCUUGCUUUAGGCGAAGAAUUCUACUUAGGAGGGAUCAUUGGAGCAGCAUUGAUCAUUGUGGGGUUGUACCUAGUUUUGUGGGGUAAGAAUGAAGAAAAGAAGUUUGCAAGGGAGCUAGCAGCAACAAAUUCGACUCCGGAGCAUAGCGGCAUUAUCAGGGUCUCAAGCCAUCAUGCAAAAGCAUCACUCAAUCAACCUCUUCUUCCUUCAUCAACGGAAAAUGUUUGA